AUGCAGAGUGGAAGAACUUGCCUGUUAAUCCAAAGAAGUAGAGCAUUAUUGAAUAUUUUUAUAGCAUCAAAGCAUACUAUAGACUAUUCAAAAGUUCCAAAAAUCAAUGAAUCUGACCUGUCCGAACAAUUUGUUAGGGGAAGUGGUCCAGGUGGAUCUGCUGUAAAUAAAAAUGCUAACUGUGUUGUUCUAACACAUGUGCCUUCAGGGUUGACUGUAAAAUGUCAUAUCAGUAGAUCCCAAGAUGAAAACAGAAAAAUGGCACGAGAAAUGUUAACUGCAAAAUUAGAUGGGAUCAUUAACGGUGAAAACAGUGUGGCAGCACAGAAAAAAAAAUUAGAAGAAGAAAAGCAUAAGAAAGCAGAUUAUAAAAAGAAGAAAAAAGCUCAACUUAAAGAAGAAUGGAAAAAACGGGAGGGAUUAGUUUAA